CUUCACACACUCAAAGSUUGCAAWCCUCCAUAUUGAAAAMUUUGUUCGCUUCUCUUCUUUUUUUCUUACUUUUUACUGCAAAAUAUAGACSAAGAUGCCAAUUAUGAAAGGAAACGUUAAAGGAGAUGAUAUUGGAAAAAUAUUUGUUGGUGGGCUGGCUCUUCAAACGGAUAACGAUGGGCUCAAGGGUUAUUUUGAGAAAUAUGGUCAAGUUACUGAUUGUGUCCUUAUGACAGACCAGCAUACUAAAACCUCCAGGGGUUUUGGAUUUGUAACAUUCCGUGAUCCAGAGACGGUACAGAAAGUCUGUGCUGAGAAAGUUCACAUUCUGGACAAUAAAAAGAUCGACCCCAAACCUGCUGUACCAAGGGGAUCAGGGCAAGCUGUCCAACAAUCUAUGCAGUGCACCCAUGUGCAGCUUAUAAGUGAUAAGCAAACAGGAAAACCACGAGGCUUUGGUUUUGUAACAUUUCAAACAAAGGAAGAUGUAGGAAAGGCAGUACAAGAACACUUCCAUCAGAUCAAUGGAAAAACGGUUGAAGUGAAAAAGGCAGAGCACAAGGCCAAUGCCUAUAAAGCUGGYGGACAAAACAAUCUCCUUGCCACCCCCCCUGUGCACAGUAUGCAGAACAACAUGGGGAGGGGACAGUAUGGACAACAAGUUUACAUGUCAGGAUAUGGCCAGCAACCAGGAGGUAUGCAAGGUAUGGGUCGUGGUGGUUAUAAUGCAUAUGGUGGUUAUGGAGCUGUAGGUGGUGCAGCUGGCUUUAAUUAUGGUGCACCACAAGCACAAGGCUACGGUGCAGGUAUGUCAAUGGGUGGAGCAGCACCAGGAGCUGGUGGAUACCCCCARGCAGCAUACCCAAGCAACCCACAGAUGUCUAGCUAUGGUACAGGUGCAGGUAGAGAGCCUGCCGCACCUGGCUAUGGAGCCCCAGGCUAUGGUAACAACUAUCCAGCCCCAGGGGCAAUGCCACCAGGGGCCCCUACAGCAGGGGCACAGGACUAUGGCCAAGGUAUGCCCCCUUCUUCCCUCUCGGGACCUGGUUCUGGGAUGCCAUCUCACGGCGAUGGUGGGGUUGACUACACCCCCUCCUACAGUGCAUAUGGAUUAGGAAGCUACCAACAGCAAGACUCACAGUACGGACCUGCACGGGGUUCMUUUGGGGCUGAAGCAGGUUACUCUCCCUACCCCUCAGGGGAGUCAUAUGGYAAUGCAGGUGGCGGAGGAGGAGCCUAUGGAGCAGCUGGAGGCGGUGCCGAAUCGUUUGGGCGUGGCAGUGGUGGAGCAGCAAGAGGAUUUCACCCUUAUGGUCGAUAAAUCGAUCACUUACAACAACAUAUAAAACGCCUUUACUAAGAAAUGUCAAAUGCGAUGAGUAACAAGACCUGAUCUUUCUAUAUUCAUCCAUUACGUUGUAAAAUAGGAGUCCCAGUAAUAUUAUCCUACGUCUCUUGUAGAUUUGAUUGAAGUUUUAGGGCUGUUUAUAUGGGACUAGCCAGGAAGUACCCCAAGUUAAGGGGUGAUCAGUCACUUUAUGUAAUAUUAUAUAUAAAUAUAUGCUCUGAGAAAUAGUUGAUACCUGCCCUCAUUCGAUCUUUUGAACAUUUUAAUUUUAUUGUAAUGACAGUCUUUGUUUUUAAACGUUGUGCAAAGUUUCCUGACAAGUUGCUUGUUCAUGCUGUAUUUACAUGAGUUGAGUUAGGUCAUUAAAACCCAACUUUCAUUAUAGAACAUCCUAAGAAGUUSCUCUCUGAUUGGUUCAAAAUCAAAAUUUUUUUCGUAUGUUAGAAAAUUGCGCAAUGGUUCUUGGAUACACAUGGGCCUUGAAAGCAAAUCAAGGAAAUAUAGAUUGUACUAAUAGUAUUUCAGGUUUUUUUGACCUAACUCCAUUUUACGAAGAUGUUGGAGUACACACAUUGUUGAUGCUAAAUUAUAGUUUUGAAUUGUUUGAUUUCUAUUUUAUACUGAAUAGCGGUAAAAUUUGCGCAGUUUAAUGUUUGUGCCCUAACUUAAACCUUUCUUAAUUCCAUAAAACAUUUUGUCAGUUGUAAAGARUCGUCAAAAACCGAUGAAAUAAAGGAUUUUUGUUCUAAUCUGA